AUGUCCUCAUCCCCAUCGAGCCUCCGACAGCGAGGAGGCAAGAAAGCUGGUAAUCUUGGUACACCGGAGCGAAGGUCUGUGUCGCCAGCACCGCCAGCGGUCAGCCAGCAACCGGCUACGAAACCAAGUUCAGAAUGGGACUACAAACUCGCCUUGACAGUCAUAACAAUUCUGGCGUUUGUCACUCGAUUUUACAAGAUCAAUUAUCCGGAUCAAGUUGUGUUUGAUGAGGUGCAUUUUGGAAAGUUUGCAUCAUAUUACCUCCAACGUACCUACUUCUUCGAUGUCCAUCCUCCCUUCGCCAAACUUCUCUUUGCCUUCGUCGGCUGGCUGGUUGGAUAUGACGGUCACUUUCUCUUUGACAAUAUCGGCGAUUCGUACGUUGAAAACAAAGUACCCUAUGUUGCGCUGCGCUCGUUGCCCGCCACACUCGGUUCCCUGACCGUUCCCCUGGUAUUCCUGAUUAUGUGGGAAUCGGGCUACUCGCUUCCAGCAUGUGUGCUUUCAGCAGGGUUGGUCCUCUUCGAUAACGCCCACAUCGGCGAGGAUAGAUUAAUUUUGCUGGAUGCCACCUUGGUCAUUUCAAUGACCCUGAGUAUAUACUGUUAUAUUCGGUUCCACAAACUCCGACAUGCUUCAUUCAGCCGCAAGUGGUGGAAAUGGCUACUCUUAACGGGAAUCUCGCUUAGCUGCGUGAUCUCAACCAAAUAUGUCGGUCUAUUCUCCUUCGUCACCAUUGGUUCUGCAGUCUUAAUUGACUUGUGGGACCUUUUAAAUGUCAAUCGCCGCGGCGGGGCUCUCACAAUGGUCCAGUUCGGUCAGCACUUUGUCUCCCGUGCGUUUGGCCUCAUCGUCAUCCCUUUUUUCUUUUAUUUGUUCUGGUUUCAGGUCCAUUUUGCGGUUCUGAACAAGUCCGGCCCUGGGGAUAAUUUUAUGUCACCCGAAUUCCAAGAAACCCUUUCAGACAACGCGAUGGCUGCAAAAUCCGUGGGUGUUCAAUAUUAUGAUUUCAUCACUAUCCGUCAUAGACAGACCAAGACCUACCUUCACAGCCAUCCGGAGAAAUAUCCACUUCGCUACGAGGACGGCCGUGUAUCCAGUCAAGGCCAACAGGUCACUGGAUAUCCCUACAAUGACACCAACAAUCAGUGGCAGAUCCUUCCGUCAGUCUCAUUCCCUGAAAACGAUCGGCUAAAUCAUUCUGUCAAAAAUGGUGAUACUAUUCAGCUUCGCCAUGUUGGUACAGACACGAUCCUUCUUACGCACGAUGUCGCUUCUCCAUUCUAUCCCACAAAUCAGGAAUUCACAACUGUCUCUCAUGAGCUGGCAGACGGGAAACGCCACAACGAUACUUUGUUCCAAAUCAAAAUCGAACAUGGCAAAGCCAAGGAAGAGUUUCGAACCAUGGCCAGCUUAUUCAAACUCAUCCAUGUUCCCACAAAAGUGGCCAUGUGGACGCACACAACUCCUUUACCCGAGUGGGGAUUCAAGCAAGCUGAAAUCAACGGGAACAAAAAUGCGCAAGAGUCUUCCAAUAUAUGGUAUGCCGAAGAUAUCCCUUCUCUCGAGCCAGGAAAUUCGCGCCUAAUUAGAGAGCCAAAACAACCCAAGCAUAUGCCAUUUUUGAAAAAAUAUCUUGAGCUCCAGGCGGCAAUGUUUCACCACAACAAUGCACUCACUGCCAGUCAUCCAUAUGCGAGCGAACCUUUCCAGUGGCCCUUCCUCCUCCGUGGAGUCAGCUUCUGGACUAAGAAUGACACUCGAGAACAGAUUUACUUUUUGGGUAAUCCUAUCGGAUGGUGGAUUGCGAGCAGUCUUUUAGCUAUCUUCGCAGGUGUCAUCGGUGCUGAUCAGCUUUCACUACGCCGUGGUGUAGAUGCGCUUGAAGAAAUUUGGGGCCCAGGCACACGCUCUCGUCUCUAUAAUAGCACUGGGUUUUUCUACCUUUGCUGGGCAGCGCACUACUUUCCGUUCUAUCUCAUGGGCCGACAACGAUUCCUCCAUCACUAUCUUCCAGCGCAUAUUGCCUCCUGCCUUGUCACUGGAGCUCUAGUCGAAUUCCUUUUCAACAUUGACCCUAUCAAUGUAGAGAAUGUCGUUGGUGCUGGAGGACAAGGUCGUCGACUCGGCAUGCGCAGAGUGCAAAUGAGUCGCCAGACCAUGAUGGCUACCUGGGCAGCCACUGUUGCGAUUCUCAGCGCUGUUAUUUGGGGAUUUUGGUUCUUCGCGCCGCUCACUUAUGGAACACCAGGUUUGGAUGUUGACGGAGUCAAACUGCGCAAAUGGCUUUCUUAUGACUUGCAUUUCGCGAAAUAA